AUGGCGUUCCGGUCAAGAGAAAUGGUAAAGAAGAUAAUGAAGAAAAUUGGGGGAGACGAGAAUUUAGCGCCUGGUGUGAAAGAGCAACUCAAGAAAUGUGCGCCCGACAGCAAGGUCGUCAUGGGCCGGGCCCAUCGUGGGCUUUACGCAGGCCGCCACAUCCAGUUCGGCAACCGCGUCAGUGAAGACGGCGGCAACAAGACAAAGAGGAAUUGGAAGCCUAAUGUGCAGGAGAAACGGCUUUUCAGCUACAUUCUUGAUCGCCACAUUCGUGUUAAGGUAACCACACAUGCUAUCCGCUGUAUAGAUAAGGCAGGCGGGAUAGAUGAGUACUUGCUGAAAACUCCGUACCACAAGAUGGACACCGAGAUGGGCCUCUUCUGGAAAGCUAAAAUUGAAAAGAUGUACGAAAAACUUGGGGAGAUGGAGGUAGUUUUCUUCACACCCGAGGAUGAGGAUCGUUUAGAAGAGCAAUUUAGAGAAAUCAAAUUAGCUGAACGAGCAGCACGUAGGGAUGCACGGAGAAAAAUGUAUGGUUGGUCCGGCAAAAAAGAUGGAGCAGAUGCUGAAGGAGCACAAGAAGAAACUUCUGGCAGCGAAGGAGGAGGGCCGCAUGCUGACAUUCACGAGCAGAUGCUGGCUAAUGCUUGA